AAACGUUCAGAUCAUAAUCGUAAAGUCCGUAGUCACCCGUGGUUGUUGGCAGGCGGCGCGCGCGCGUGUUUCGUUCCGGAAUGAUGGAAUUCGUAUUUUGAAAUGUGACAGUUGUACGUAGUAUUUUAAACUACGGGUGUAUUUUCUUUGGUGGUAAUUUUUCGUGUAGUGUAUUGUGAUUUAAUGCUUAGCUAAAAUACUGGAUGUUGGAUGUUAUGAUUUCGAGUUCCGGUCGCGCAAAAAUUUCGCCGGCUGACGAAAAAAUAUCUUGGAUCGCGUCCAAAUAUUAUGACACUUUGAUGAACGAAAAUAGAAUUAUAUUUUUGGAGAUGGAUUAGGAAAUAACUGUGAACGUUCGAAUUUUAUGGGAUAUUAAAUUUGAAAUUAGACGAUGUUAUAGAAAACAAACGAAUAUAUUUUUAAAAAAAGAUAAUUGUUUAACUACGAGUUAAACACAAUACGAAGAGGGUAGUUCAAAAUGUGGAACAUAAAAUAUCACUGGGGCACAUGUUUCAACAAAUAACAAGCUAAAGAAAAACAAAAGAUUCAACAAAAACAGUUUCGUAAUUCGAAGAUAAAGGUUUGGGUGCAAAAUAUCAAUGUGUACUUUAACAAACGAAAUAUGUAUGGUGUGGCAUAGUGAACUGAUUCGGACAAAAAAUUGUGAAAAUGUCGAAAGAUAUGAAUUUUUAUGUGCUAGUGAUGUUAUUAGUGACACAGACCCUGAUUAGAACGAGUGAGGAGAUCGUGGAAGCGAAUAUCAUUCAAGUUUGGUCAGCUCCGGGUAGCGAGACGCGUCUGCCAUGUGACUUAGCAGCGUCCGUCCCAGAUGUGGCCAUGAUGAUGUGGUUCAAGGAUGGGGACCGAAUGCCGAUUUACACUGUCGACUUCAGAAACGGUCCACCAGUCCACUGGGCUGUGGCUGGUGAAUUUGGUACGAGAGCCCACUUCGUCUUAAAUCAAUCUGAUCCGAGAUCAGCCCAUCUCGUUGUUAACCAGGUAGCAAGAUAUGACGAGGGGGUUUAUAGAUGUCGGAUCGACUACAAUGACUCACCAACGAGGAAUUACAGGGUGAAAUUGACUGUUAUUGUUCCACCGGACUCGCCUCGAAUUUAUGAUCCUGAAGGUAAAGAGAUUCUUGGAACAAUCGCAGGACCCUUUCGAGAAGGACAGGAUUUGCUUCUCUCCUGUCAGGCUUCUGGAGGUAAGCCUCCUCCAGAUGUAUCGUGGUACCGCGGCGGAGAGCGUCUAGCAAUAACCAAAGAUGGGUCUGUGUGUCAAAUACAUCUGCCAUCGCUGUCAAGGGAGAUGGCGGGCACAAAACUUCAGUGUGUAGUAGAGCCCCCUUUAUUACAGCCGCAACGCAGAGAAAUUACUAUUAAAUUAUAUUUAAAGCCCCAAUUCAUACGAGUAACCGGCGGUGGUCCAACCCGAGCUGGUCAUGAGAGAUCCUUCGUUUGUACCACACGAGGCUCUAAACCCGCUCCCAAUAUAGACUGGUUCAUCAAUUCACAAAAGAUUGACUCAGCACUGACACAGGUAGAGGUGGAAGGCGAAUUGACGAAGAGUAUUUUAACCUGGCGCGUGAGGCGAGAAGACAGUGGAAGGCAACUCGUCUGCCGCGUUUCCAAUCCUUGGUUUCCUGCUUACACUCUUGAAGACUUACUUAAUCUUGAAGUUCUAUAUCCUCCAGUUGCACAAAUAUCUUUGGUUGAACCGAAGGAGCCACGCUUACUACGAGAGGAUGAAGACGCUGUCCUGCUGUGCUCAUCAUAUGCCUCACCUCCAUCGUAUAACUUCACUUUCUAUAAAGGAAUAGAGGAUCACCUGAUUCGUGAUGACCCUAUAGGGGGCAUAUCAGUGGAAGGCGACAAGUUAAUUUUACGAGGUCUAAGAAGACAUCACGCUGCGAGAUACAGGUGCCGAGCUUGGAAUUCCGAAGGCAGUGGAUUGAGCGAACCGCUUACGUUCAACGUUUUAUCCCGGCCAGAAUGUUCUGCUGGUAGCGUAGUACAGCAGUUAGCAGGGGCGCCUGGUGGUGAAGUUAGAGCACGAUGCUCGGUCUCCGCACCUUCUGCUAACGAUGCUGGUCCGCUGAGAUUCUAUUGGACUUAUAAUGGGACAAAGGAUGUUUUGCCAAUACCUGCAUCGAACGUUACUGUUAUGGGUGCUACCAGUACAGUCAUUCAUGGUUUGCCGUCUUUAGAUGAUGAAGACGAUUUAGGCUGGCUGGCUUGUUGGGCCAGUAAUGAUAUUGGGAACCAGAGGGAACCUUGUCUGUUUAGGAUAAUGCCUGCAGCGCUUCCUGAAGCACCCAGUAACUGCGAGAUUGAAGACGAGUUUCUUCAAUGCGAGCCAGGUCACGACGGUGGAUUACCGCAACGGUUCAUACUCGAGGCGUUGGAGGUACGCCACCAUGAUACUGUGCAAGGGGACGAGUCCACUAUGAACGAUCAGGGAAUUUCUGGAAGAGGUCUAUCAGAAGCUGUAUACAGAGCCAGCAACGAUGUGACACCUCAGUUCGCUCUUGACGCUCUGUCACCGGGGCGGUAUACGUUUCUCGUUUAUUCAGAAACACCUCGUGGAAGAUCUCAGCGGCCAGCUGCUCUGCACAGUAUUUCCAUACGAACACCUAAUGAUCUGGACACACCGGGUUCACUACAAACAAUGACACCUUCGCCACCACAGCCGCCAUCGAGUGAUAACAGUAUGGCACUUUUAAUAGGAGCUUCUUUAGCAUUAGUGCUUCUUACCGUACUUACCACUCUUUGCGUCACACUUGUUAUUAUCUGCAAGAAGAGACAACAACCACAAAGAGAUCCUGAACAAAAUACUAUACUACGAAGGAGUGUUGGCGUGUCUAUGUAUAGUGGAUCAUCUAUAUCACCAAGUAUUGUACCAACAGUCGUCGUUAGAGGUCAUAGAGGAUCAAGAGUGUUGGCCGCUAGAUGGUCGGGAGUUAUUGAUGAUACACCGCUUGCUGUACUGGCAUUAGAUACGAGACCUCAUGCUGAUACGGACUCAGGACACAGCGAUGGUGAAUUACUAGAAACAGAAUUGACAAGGAAUUUUGGCAACAUGGAAACACAAACAGAUACAUAAAUACUUAUCAAAGAUGUACGGAUGAAAUUAAAUCGUUUUAAAAUUCAAAGGCAUUAGGUGUUCCUUCGAAAUUU